GUAACCGGAUCCAUGGCUAAUGUCGUGAAAGGUAUGGAUAAAGCUAUGGAGUCUAUGAAUUUAGAAAAGAUUUCAAUGGUCAUGGAUAAAUUUGAAUCACAAUUUGAGGAUAUCGACGUUCAAACUCAAUAUAUGGAAGGUGCGAUGGGGAACACAACAACAAUGAGUACUCCACAAGAAGAAGUUGAUUUAUUGAUGCAACAAGUAGCUGAUGAGCAUGGCCUUGAGUUAAAUCAGCAGCUUGGCGAGGCUACUCCUAGUUCAAUCAUUGCAGACAAAGAAAUUGAUGAAGAUGAACAAUUAUCAGAACGUCUACGUAAGCAUUUUUGA